CGCAAACAGGAAGUUGCCUUUGUUGACUAAUCCUUAGAGAAGCAAGAUGGCUAACCUGGACGUGGAGGAUUUUAUUCAACAAAACAGAGCUGUGGCGGAUGAGGUGGAAACGUAUCGAGGUUACUGGGAGAGUGAUAAACACUGGCAGCCCAGGAGAGAGUUCAUCCUGCGGAACAUCAACGACUUCGAGGAGCCGCACGUGGACCAGCUGCUCGCGCUGUCUAUGGUCUGGGCUAACAACGUCUUCAUGGGCUGUCGGUAUAGCACGGAGCUCCUGGAGAAAGUGAAGGAAAUGGCUGAAGGCGUCGUGGUGGAGGACGCACCGGUCUUCAAGACUAGGGAUGAGAUUAUGAAGAAGCAACAGGGUCAGUGACCGGCUCAGUCGCCUCAUCUCUUCUGGUCGUGUGGGAUCAAGCCUGAAGGCUGAUGGACCUCAGCUGUUGUUUACAUACAGACUGAGCGUGUAACAAAUCAGACGACAUCGCCGGUGUUUUUACAAUCCUACAUUGUUUAUUACUGAUGUGAUGACAGGAAUGCUGUGUUACUCAGCAUUUAAUUGUUUUAGUCAGUGUGGGAGUUUCACUGCUCAUCCAUUUUUACACCAUUGUUUUACUUCUUAAUUGUUUUUAGUAUUUUUUUAUAUUCAGAUGCAGGAUGUCACUGAAUCUUGUCCUAAUGUCUGAAGCUCAAUAAAUGACUUCUUUUUA